UUGCAGUCGACAAACGGCAGUUCCAGCAUCAGCAUCAUAACUCGGCAACCCAAGCUCGAGACUCGAUACUCGACUUUUCUCCCAGAGGAUCUCUUUCUACAGGCAAUUCCAAAUGUUGCGCAUACGCCGUGUGAGCCACGUGCAGCUGCUCGUUCUAAUGGCAAUCGUUGUGGUGGUGACGGCAAAACAGGAAAGUUCAACGCGUCAAUUCGGCGGUGGCCAGAACUUCGGCAACGGCCUGGGCCCCUCCUUUGGUGGCGUGGGCGCUGGUGGUCUAGGGCCUGGGGCCGGGUUUGGACCCGGUUCCGCAGCCGGAUAUCCGGGACAAGGCGGCUACGGACCAGCGCAGCAGCCGGGCUGCCCGCUGUGCGAUUCGUCGGUUUACUCGUACUGCUCGCACAAGAUGGUACACGAUGCCUGUUGCUGCGAUUUUCCAGGCGGUGCCCCGCAGUUGAGACCGCCCCAGUGUUUGUACUACGACUGCUCGCUGCUUUAUGCCAAAUCCUGUUACGAGCACGCCCUCAUCAAGAACUGCUGCUGCAAUAAUCCCUACUGACGCGCCCAUUUAUCGGGAAAAAUCGUGAGGUAUCGGGAAAUUGGAAAUGGAAAAUGGGAAAUGUGAAAUGCGGAGCGCCAAGUGAUUUGUUUGCACUUCGGCUUCAUUUAUUUAUUCAAUACAUUUAAAAUGCAUGUACAGCUAUGAUUUAAAAUUAAGUUGCGUGCGAUUGCUUGAAGCGCGCUAAAUUAAAUUAAGUAAUUUAUUUGACAACCC